UCUAUGGAAGGUUCUAUGCUCACCAUCAGCUUUGGAAACUGGAUGGAAUUACCUGGAUAUGCAUUUAAAGAUUGGGCUGCAACUAAACGAAGAAAUAUAAAGUGUGACAGAGUUCUGCCAGAGGAAGUUGCAAAUUAUUACAAGCACUAUGUUAAAAUCAUGGGCUUACAGAAAAACUUCAGAGAAAAUACUUAUAUAACAUCAGUGUCAAAGUUUUAUCGUGACCAGGACUGUGAAGGUGAAAGCCCUUUGCCAAUGGAAGAACAGGGUGGGCAGACUACACCGAUCAAGAGAAACUGGGAAAUUAGAGGUUAUCAGAGAUCAGCAGAUGGUUCUCAUAUGCCAUUCUGUUUGUUUGCUGAGAAUGUGGCUCUCGCCACUGGAACUUUUGAUGCUCCUGGCCGACUACGAGUUGAAGGAGAAGACUUUCCUUUUGUGCUCCACACCCUAUCUGAUUUUGGAGCUGCCAUAGAUAAAGGAAUAUUACAUGGAAAAACAGAUCCAGUUUUAAUUAUAGGUGGUGGACUCACAGCAGCAGAUGCAGUUCUGUGUGCUUAUAAUAACAGUGUACCUAUUAUUCAUGCAUUCCGUAGGAGGGUCACUGACCCAAGUUUAAUUUUCAAACAGUUACCGAAAAAACUUUACCCAGAAUACCAUAAAGUCUACCAUAUGAUGUGUACUCAGUCAGUUUCUCUGGAUAACAAUUUGCAUCCUGCAUAUACCAGUUUCCCUGAACAUCAAAUACUUUCUUUUCAGCCCGAUAUGAAGUGUAUCCUACAGAGUACUUCGGGAUUAAAGAAGAUCGUAAAAUUCUCUUUAGCUGUAGUUUUAAUAGGUUCUCAUCCUAACUUAUGUUUUUUAAAGGACCAAGGCCAGAGCAUAUGCCAUAAUCCAAAUGAACCAAUUACUUGCAAGGGCAACCCUAUUGAAAUUGAUCCAUAUACAUAUGAGUGUAUAAAGGAACCCAAUCUUUUUGCACUUGGUCCACUGGUUGGAGACAAUUUUGUACGCUUUUUAAAAGGAGGAGCACUGGGAAUUACACGGCAUUUAGUUGCAAAGCAGAAGAAACAUCAAUUUAUAGUUGAAAGAGAUGCAGAUGGAGUCUCCUAAAGCAAAUAGACAUAGACAUAAUCUGAGGAGCUGCAGGCAUAUGCUAAUAAUUGAUCCAUUAAUAACUAAGUGAUAGUCUUGGUUUUGUUAUACAUACCAGUUUUUUGUGCUUGCAUUGCCUCAUAGAGGAAGAUGCUACAACAGUAUUGCAGCCUUGCAAAAUGCAAAAAAAAAAGUUUUUCUGGAAUUGCUUCCAAUUAAGGCAACUGUA